AUGAAGGGCAUGGUACGCGGCUGCAACUAUCUUCGCGAGCCACAUCCUCUUCCGCCGUCCUUCCAGCUCAAGACCAGUGGGCCAGGCGGUGCGGCACAAAUAUCAUACUUCGUCCAGGCCAGACUCAUUCUCAGUGGCUCGACAGAGACUAAGAGGUUCUGGAAACCGAAUAAAGAGAAAGAUGGAUCGCGAGUCAAGAAAGUUUUCUCUGGCGUCUCUAUGAACUCAACGCCGCGGAUCGUUCCCACGCUGAACCACCCCGAAAAGGUGUGCCCAGGACAGCACAUGCCGUUGUCACUCAGUCUGCUCAACGCGCGCGACCCCGCCAACCAUGCCGAGCGGGAAUGCAUCAUCGACUCCUUAACGGUCACCAUCUCAACAUACUCAACGACAAAGUGCGGAAACACCGUAACGGACCCCGAGGACGUUGUAUCCAAGCACAUCACCUGCAUAUCGCGGACCGACAUGAACAGACCAAUACCGUUCAACAAAACGACGACGUUAACAUCGAACUUCCGUCUUAUCGAUGACAUAGAGUGCGUGCCAACCUUCAAGACAUACACAAUAACCCGGCGCUACGCACUUGCUAUAUCCAUCGGCAUCAAAUACAACGAUCAGCACUUCACCAUCCGUUCCAGCACACCCCUGGAAAUUCUACCUCGCAUACCUUGUGAACGCCUACCACCGCUAGAAGACAGAGAGGACUUUGAACAGCUACCAGAGUACACACCCAGGGAGCCUUCGCGAGAGUUUGCACCAGACUACGAAUCUCUCUCGUUAGGACACUGA